AAUGUUGUUUUAUUUUCUCUGCCGCCCCACCCAACACUUACACAUCUGCCAUAGAAGCCCUGCCAACCGUGAAUUUGGGAGUGCACUCAAGCACACCCAAAAUAACCUUUUGAUUCUAUGUAUGGUAUAUACGAUGAUCAAUGUUCAGUAUUUUGAUUGUGUUGUGGUUUUUUAGGUUGUAUUGUUCGAAGAUUGGAUGCUUGGUUUCAAACCUCUACCAAACGAAGUCGUCAAAGCAGUUAGCCCACAGCUGGAGAUCAUAAACAAAAAACUUGAAGCUUAUUAUGAUGCAUGGGAUAAGUUCGUACAGUCGUGGAUAAUUAUCAAGAUCAGUAACCCAAACUGCGUCUUUCGGUGGCGGUUGCAGGCCGAGCUUGCUAUGAGGGUGGAGGGCAAACCUGGUAUGUCUGAUGAAGAGGUAUGUUUCUUCAUCUGACAUUUUCUUCUAUCUUCUUUUAAUCUUGCCUCAUAUCCCCUAAUUAUCUGUAAUUGGG